UUUGUUAAGUGUUCAUCAACACCAGGUGGGGGCAGCUCAAGCUGCAGAAUGGAUGUAUUCACUGAUAAAACAAUCAAGAAGAGAACUUGUAAAAAACCAACUAGAUUAAAAGGAAUUCAUGCUGGAUAAGAUCUGCAGAGUUGACCUGGAGCAGGAAGUGACCUCAUAAGGCUCAAGUUUCCUAUUUGUUUGCACUGAAACUCAAGCCAGCAGAGCAGGUCAAUCUGAUAGACAUCUGGAACUUCCUGCGCAGAUGCCCUUACAUAGUAUACAGGCACAGGUCUACACCUUCAGUGAUUGGAGGAGCAGACACUAUAUUGAUCAGUUUCCUAUGACUAUGUCAACAGACAAGGGCUAACCUGACCUUCAUAUUGGUCAUUCCAAAAUGAAGAUGAAUUGUUGACAGAAAAUGUGGGGGGAAAGGUGAACCCCGAUAUUCAAACAGUGUUUUGAUACUGAUCUGUUAAGUGUGUUUUGACAUCUGUGGCAUCCCAGAAGGUCAUGUGCCUGAAAUAACCUACAAUACAAAUUCACCCAGAUGUCAAAAUACAUAUUCCUCUAUAUGUGUAUUAUACUAAGCCCUCGGCAUGGUACUGUAUCUAGCCUACAGGCAUUAUGGAAAACACCAUCAGGUAGCCAUCUGGAAGGAUAUUAUCCUGAACCAGAAUUGUUAGACUUGGAAAAGACCAGUACGAUUUCGGACUGUUUGAAACAUACUGUAUUUUGCCCCGGGGAUGGUCAAAAACAGCAAGCUGGGCUACCUGCUGCGACAGUGAUGCAGUAGUGAGCCCCAAAGUAUUGGAAACCAAAGGUGGACUUAAUUUAGAGACUGUUGGAAAAUACACAAAGAGUACAAAAACAGCAAUUUCUUGAACUCUGUGACUGUUGGAUAACCUGUAAACUGGUACAGUGCCUAUUGUAUUGGUGAAGCCACAGUGAACUUCCUUGCUCCUUUUCAUCCUGACCCUAAAAAGCUCUGCACAUUAAGAAACUAUUUGUCUGCAUACUUUUCCAUUCCCCCCAGAUUAUGUAAACCUGCGUAGUCGCACAUCUUGGGCCAAUCAUCCAACACUCUACCAAUGUUUCACAUCGAGGCAUCAGGAGUGUGCCAAGAAUGAACAUCUAUUCAUCAUAUCUUGGGGGGAAUAAAUCCAGCCACACGUAAACUCUCUAAAUGUAACAGCCAACAGACGUUUGAAAAAGAGAGACGAUGUUUACGAGAAGCUGGACAUGGAAUUCAGUACCUGAGACGGUUUGUUUUCACGGUUGAAUAUACAUCAGAAAGAGAAUAGAAAUGUUUUCUUAACGACUACACUAUAGGAAAGAACCGUGCCUAGAACAAAAACAAGAAUUUGUUUUGAGUUUCCACUCUUCAUCUGUCUGAGAAACUGGGAAAAUAAAACAGUUUCCAUUAUUGUGGAUGGAGCUCAAGUAGUUGAUGUGGGUGGGGUGGUUGGUAGCAGGGUUGAGAGUCAUUCCCUUGAAGCUAUCAAAACCAUACGGCACAAGAGAAAACUAUCUUCCAGCACAGCAGCCCCCCUGCUCCACACACUCAGUCAUUACCCGGCCCCUCUUCCAAAAAUAUACAAUCCUUUUUCCUUUACGUACCCUCCCUCCCUCUUUCCUCCCUCCCACCCUCCUCUAUUUUCUUUCUACUGCAGAUCAGUUAGAAUGCUGCUACUAAGGAAGUGGUAGACAAGCAGGGAGCUCAGGAGAAGGCCUCUGACUAAAUGUAAGAGAAGUGUUUUGUUCAAGGAAAAGUGGUGGAGUAUUUUUAUUUAUUUUUUAAGCUGGGAAAAAAAUUGUAUUACUUAGAGAGAGGUGUAGGUAGGUGAGAAAAGACAAUGGUACAGAUGGGGAAGAUGAUCUGUGCCUUGCGCUCCUGUGCUCUUCUGGCGGUGCUGUGUGCCUGCUGGCCUCCCUGGACUCUGGGACAAGAGCUACAGGUGCAAGAUGCCCUCUGCACUGCAGAUGGCUGCUACGCCAUCUAUUUCCAACGUAAGACCUUUCGGGAAUCUGCAUGGUUCUGCAAGGACAAACGUGGUUUCCUGGCAACCCUAAAGAGUUCUGAGGAGGCGGCUGUGGUGCAUGAGCUCCUGUCGUCUGUGGAGCAGCGCGGCCCACGGGCCAGGGUCAGACUGUGGAUUGGGCUCCAUCGUCAGCCCAGGCAGUGCUCUGCCACACGCCCACUCAGAGGAUUCCAAUGGAUCACAGGUGAACAGGACACACAGUACACCAACUGGCUGAGAGCGGACUCACCUAGUACCUGUGCCGCGCCCCGCUGUGUCGUCAUGAGCGUCAACACUGCUGCUGACACCCGGGAGCAGCACGACAACUUCAAGUGGCUGGAUGGCUCCUGCUCGCUGGCUGUGGAUGGAUUCAUGUGUCACUACACCUACCAGGGGAUGUGCCCUUCUCUGAAGAGUGAGGGAGGGGGACCUGCACUAUAUACCACCCCUUUCAGCCUGCUCAGCACCAUCCUCACUCACAUCCCCUUUGGCUCAGUAGCCACCUUGCCCUGCCCAGACCAUGAGGACAGCGUAGGAGACCAGUCUGUUCUUUGCAUGCUGAGGGAGGAUGGGAGUGUGGGCUGGUCAAAGGAUGCCCCCCUCUGCUCUGAGGGCCCCCAGGACUGGUGUGAAGAGGAAAAUGGUGGCUGUGAGCAUUUCUGUCAGAAUGCAGACACACACUAUUACUGCGAGUGUUCUGAAGGCUUCACACUGGCAGAGGACGGCCAGACCUGCCAGCCGAACCAUUCCUGUGGCACGGCCAACUGUGAGUUUGACUGUGAAGAGACCACUAAGGGAUUCCGCUGCAAAUGUCCAAAUGGUUACCUGCUGGCACCUGGUGGACGCAACUGCCUCGAUGUUGAUGAGUGUCUGCAGGUGCCCUGCCCUCAUAUCUGUGUAAAUGCUCCUGGGACAUUUGAGUGUCGCUGCAAUGAGGGCUACGAGCCUGAUGAAGAUGGAGAAUGUGUGGAUGUUGAUGAAUGCAAAGAUUCCAGCAGCUGUGAACACAGAUGUGAGAACACCCCUAGUUCCUUUGCCUGCCACUGCCACCAAGGCUUCACUGAGCUGCCCGAUGAUUCAGGCCUAUGCCAGGACAUAAAUGAGUGUGAGACCUCCACAAGCUGCCACCAGAAGUGUCUCAACUAUGUGGGUGGGUUUGAGUGCUAUUGUGAGGCAGGGUACGAGCUGCAGUCAGACCAGUAUUCCUGUAUGGCCAUUCCAGAGGGUGAACAUGAGUAUUCAUCCACAGCUACCUCGUCCUACCAAACCACCUCCUGGGUCCCCGAAUUCCCAGACUGGGUUACCGACACCACAGCUUUGGAGUGGCUGACAGAGCGGACCAGCCUUGAGAGGCUUCCUACUGACCUGGGCUGGUUUACAGAGGCCCCACAGGAGAAGACAACCUCUACGCCGGUUCCUCACAGGCCGUCGGAUGACCAUAACUCACACUGGGAUGUUGUCACACAGAGAAAGCCCGCUCAGAAUACUGUCACACCCUCGCCCAGCCCCUCUUCCCAGAAAGAUGAUGACACUCAAAGGCAAGCAGGUGAUCCCUCAGUGGUGUCCAGGGUUAGUGACAGCCACCACCAAGCAGUCCAGAACGACAGGGGGGCUGGGAGAGUGGUAGAAACCCCAGACAGUAACUCUGAGGUUAAGGCCACCACCACACUCAGAGUCCCACCUCCAGCCCAAACAACAGCAUUUGCAUCGGGGGCAGAGCGGCCUGAGAGUAAGGACAAAAGGAAGCAGGACAAGAGCUGGCUUCUAGUAGCACUCCUGGUGCCCCUGUGUGUUUUCAUUGUGGUGAUGCUGGCUCUGGGCAUUGUGUACUGCACUAGCUGUGCUGUAGAACAGAACAAGAGCAUCACUGACUGUUACCGCCGGAUCAUCACCUCCAAGUCAGAGAACAAGAACAAGGUAAAAUCUAGUGCUUGACCAAUAGAGGGAAUACUGACUUUUGAAAUGAACAGUUCUGAAGAGGGGGAUGAAUAAAGGGUUAAAUACAGGAUAGGAUCCAGACUACCUAUCUGAUGGCCUCUGCUGCUAUCACAGUGAAACUGGACCCCUGCAUACUCCUGUGGAACAUUCUAGUGUCUCUGUCUGAAGUCCAUCUACAAAUAAUGCUUAUUUUGGUGCUUCAAAAAUUAUGACAACAUAAAUAAAGUGCUGUUUUUUUUAUGUUGUAAAGAUCUGAUAAAUGCUUGUGAAGACAAGGGAGAUUACUUUGUCGAGAGGAAGGGGUUCAUAUUUUAAAACUAGUGCUUAUUUCACCACCAUCAGAAAAUGUCUUAAACAGUUAAUUAAUUUAGCAGGUGCUAAAGUUUACGAUAUUAUGUAUUGUAGACCUCGUUAUUGAGGUUACUCAUAAUAAACAGAAUAAACUUCAGAGUAUUAAUUUAAGAAACCUAGAUGAGAAUCAAGCCCAUAACAUGUAUUGUAUGGAGGUGAGAAGAAACACUGUGCAAGCAAAAUGCUCCAAUUGCCGAAUAUUUGGAUAUGUUGCCAUUUGUAAUGUGUACCCACUUUUGUUAGUUAGACCUAAAUUGAUUUAUGUCCUUCUAGAUACUUUGCACUGAAUAUGCAUUGGAUUUUAAUAAAACAAUACACCAUU